CGGUCACGCUGUUUCUCCACCUCUAGUAAAUAACUUUUUAGAAAAUCACUCACUACAACAAAAGAUAUGUCUUCGUCCAAGCUAGAAUUACAGCAAACGGAUGGCGAGAGCCAACAGAAACAGCCGGGUGCAGCUAACGCGGAGAUUACGGGUAGCAAGGAACCAGAAACGGCCUCAGAUGACGGCGGCCCAAAAAAUGAUCAAGAUUUUGCCGCGGCCGAGCAGUACAAAAAUCAGGGAAAUGAUUUGCUCAAAACCAAGGAAUUUACAAAAGCCAUCGACAUGUAUACCAAAGCCAUAGACCUGUAUCCCAACAGCGCGAUAUAUUAUGCCAACCGAUCGUUAGCUCAUCUGCGCCAGGAGAGCUUUGGCUAUGCCCUGUCGGACGGUGUGUCAGCGGUGAAAGCAGAUCCUGGCUACUUGAAGGGCUACUACCGUCGCGCAGCGGCCCAUAUGUCGCUGGGAAAGUUCAAGCAGGCGCUAUGCGACUUUGAAUUUGUAGCCAAGUGCAGACCGAAUGAUAAGGAUGCCAAGCUCAAAUUCACCGAGUGCACGAAGAUUGUGAAAAUGCGUGCCUUCGAGCGAGCCAUUGCAGUUGACAAGCCCGAGAAAACGCUCUCAGAGAUGUACAGGGACAUGGAAAAUAUAACUAUUGAGGAUGACUACAAAGGACCACAGCUGGAGGAUGGGAAGGUAACCCUGCAGUUUAUGAAGGAUCUGAUGGAGCAUUACAAGGGACAAAAGCGAUUGCAUCGCAAAUUUGCCUACAAAAUACUCUGCGAAAUUGAUACUUACAUGCGAGUCCAGCCCUCUCUGGUGGACAUCACUGUGCAGGAUGAGGAUAAGUUUACAAUUUGCGGUGACAUACACGGCCAGUUCUAUGAUUUGAUGAACAUCUUCGAUAUAAAUGGACUGCCAUCGGAGAAGAAUCCCUAUUUGUUCAAUGGCGACUUUGUGGACAGAGGCUCCUUCUCCGUGGAAUGUAUAUUCACGUUGUUUGGCUUCAAGCUGCUGUAUCCCAAUCACUUCUUCUUAUCACGCGGUAACCACGAGAGUAUCAAUAUGAACCAAAUGUACGGGUUCACGGGCGAGGUAACAGCUAAAUACACUAGCACCAUGGCGGACAUAUUCACGCAAGUGUUCAACUGGCUGCCACUGUGCCACUGCAUUAAUCAGAAGAUACUGGUAAUGCACGGCGGUCUCUUUUCCUCGGAUAAUGUCACACUGGACAACAUCAGGAGAAUCGAGCGCAACUGUCAGCCACCCGAGGAGGGACUCAUGUGCGAAUUGUUGUGGUCCGAUCCCCAGCUAUGGAUGGGCCGUGGACCGUCCAAGCGUGGAGUUGGCAUACAGUUUGGCCCAGAUAUAACUGAAGCAUUCUGUAAGCUCAAUAACUUGGACUACAUCAUACGCAGCCACGAAGUCAAGGAUAUGGGCUACGAGGAGGCCCACAACGGACAAUGCAUCACUGUCUUCUCUGCCCCGAACUAUUGUGAUACUAUGGGCAAUAUGGGCGCAUUUAUUACCAUUACGGGUAACGACUUGAAACCAAAUUACAAAUCAUUCGAGGCUGUGCCACAUCCCGAUGUCAAGCCGAUGGCCUAUGCCAAUAGCUUAAUGAACUGGCUGGCGUAAUGAACUAUGGCUGGCGUAGUCAUAGAAGUCAGUUUCCAAUUAACUACAAUAGCUAAACACACACUCCCACACACACACACACACACACACACA